CUUGGUAUCAAUCCUUUGCCCAUCAAAAUCUCCCAACGAUACAUAAUAUUCUCUCUGUCUCCAUUAUUAAAUCACUCUCCUCCUCCUCCCCUUCACCCCCCAAGCAACCCAUGGCCCUAAGCAACACUCUUAUCGCCGGCAUAAACUUCGCCGCCAUGCUACUCUCAAUCCCCAUCAUCGCCGCCGGCAUCUGGCUAACCACACAGACUGACAACUCUUGCGUCAAGCUCCUCCAAUGGCCGGUCAUCGUUGCCGGCAUCAUUGUCCUCCUCAUCGGUCUCACCGGCUUCGUCGGAGCCCUAUGGCGUCUUCCCUCACUGCUACUCUUCUACCUAGUGGCCAUGCUCCUGGUCAUCCUCUUCCUCACAGCACUCGUGAUAUUUAUUUUCGUGGUUACCGGUGGUGGGUCGGAACGAGCGGUUCCGAAUCGGAUUUAUAAGGAAUACCGGCUCGAGGAUUAUUCAGGCUGGCUGCGCCGGCGAGUGGAGAGUUCAGAGAAGUGGGACCGAAUUCGAACAUGUUUGAGCUCUACCAGUACUUGUUCGGAGCUCAACCAGACGUAUCGCCUCGCACAAGAUUUCUUUUAUGCGAGCUUAACUCCUCUUCAAUCAGGAUGCUGCAAGCCACCGACAGACUGUGGAUACACAUUCGUCAAUCCAACAUAUUGGAUUAGCCCAAUAAACCCAAAGAUAGAAGGCGAUUGCAUGCAGUGGAGCAAUGAUCAGACGCAACUCUGCUACGCUUGCGAUUCCUGCAAGGCCGGUCUCCUCGCCAACCUAAGCCGGGAAUGGAGACGAGCCGAUCUCAUCCUUCUCCUCGCCCUCGUUGCCCUUAUCUUCAUAUACGUUGCAGGCUGCUUUGCCUUCCGGGCAUCCAAGACCGACAAACUCUUCUCCCAGUACAAGCAAGGCUACUACAAUUCAUGAUCGACGCAUAUAUAUAUUGCUGUUUCGAAAAUGAAUGAAAUCUAACUGAAGUUCUCACGUUGAA